AUGGAGGGCCGCCGUCUGGAGUGGAGCCGGCGUCUGCAAGGCGGUCCUGGCUCGUGGUCAUUGAUUGACUCGGACGGUGCGGCCUUUACCACUGAAGCAGCUCCUCGAUGGCAUCUGCUCUUCUUUUCCACCGAUUACGUGGAGAGACUGCGGUGCCGAUUCGUCCAGUGGCAUCCAGCAGAUGCCCAGGUUGCUGUGUUCGAGGCUGAGGAGCUGGACUAUGAUACUUGGAUCAGUUAUCCUGCCGGAAAGGUCUACGUCCGCGAAGUGCCCUCACCCUUGGUCGUCACCGGCAGCUUAACACCCGUCCCGCAAAAUGCUGUUGACAUGGUGUUCACCACGGUGGCCGGCGAAGAGCUGCUGCGAAUCGCCGGCAUGUCGAACCCUUUGCCGGAGCGGGAAGAGCUUGCUACAUCCGCUGCUCUAGCAGCGGCAGCCCAGGGCCGCCUGCGGAGCCGCAACCAAGCAGUGCGCACGACGUUAGACGGGCCACUGAUCACGGAAGAGCACCGCGCCUUGCAGCCACAGCAGCAGAAGCGAAAAAGGAGAGUCGGCUGCAAGCAGCAAGCCAACGACGCUGACAUC